UACGAGCCCAAACAUGAUGCAAUGUGGUCGAUCUUUUUGUUGUUUACGAGGGGAUCAAAUGGGGUCUUUUUUAAUAGGAAAAACAGACGGAAAAGCAAUCAGAAACUCACUUCCACAACACUAAAACAGAGCACAAAAGAAAGCAAAGCCAAAUUGAAGGGGGGGAAAAAGCAAGGGAGAAACGAAGAAAAAAUGUUUUGUAGCCUUGAAUCACACUCCUUUCACCGAACAAUCAAACCCCUUCUCUUUCUCUUGCUCUCUCUUAGUUGCUUUGUUCAUUUUGUCAGUGCUAAUAUCUUUAUUUAUGCCGGUUGCUCUCAAGACAAGCACGCAUCGAACUCACCAUUCGAAGGUAACCUCAACUCUUUUCUAUCAUCAGUCGUUAGCUCAUCCUCCCAAGUCUCUUACAAUACAUAUGCUAUUGGAAAUGGAAGCUCGACGCCGCCCGACGCCACCUUAUACGGCUUGUACCAGUGCCGGGGUGAUUUGCAGAAGGCCGAUUGCAAAAGGUGCAUGCAAAGUGCCGUUAACCAGAUAGUCUCGGUUUGUCCCUACUCUAACGGUGCUUCGUUACAACUUGAAGGCUGCUAUUUGAGAUACGAUCAUGCUAAUUUCUUGGGGGUCCCCGAUACGAGUCUGAAGUUCAAGAAAUGCAGUAAAAGUGUGAAUAAUGAUGUCGAGUUCUACAAGCGUAGAGACGAUGUUCUAGACGACUUGGAUUCUUCUAUCGGCUUCAAAGUCAGUUCGUCGGGUUUGGUCGAAGGGUUUGCUCAGUGUUUGGGGGACUUGAGCGCCACCGAUUGCUCUUCGUGCCUUGCAACAGCUGUGGGAGAGAUGAAGAGCUUAUGUGGAUCGGCUGAAGCAGCUGGCGUGUUCUUAGGGCAAUGUUAUGCUCGAUACUGGGCUUCUGGCUACUAUGCUGAACUCUCUCCAGAUUCCCACCACGAAGAUGAUGUGGGAAAAACAGUAGCAAUAAUCCUGGGUGUAUUAGCAGGUCUAGCCGUUCUCAUUGUUCUCCUCUCAAUCUGCCGAAAGUCUUCGAGUGAAGCUCUUUAUUCUACUUCAUUGUCUUCUUGAUUUCUAUUCUCAUUU